AUGCAGCUCGGGGGACUGCUCUCUCUCCUUGGCUGGGUCUGCUCCUGUGUGACCACCAUCCUCGCCCUGCCCAGAAAGCCUCCCAGUCUGGAUCUGAACGCAGCAGAGCCCUGGCCCCGGGGCCUUUGGGAGGUCUGCGUGAACCAGGAGGAAGUUGCCACUGUGGGCCAGGCCUUUGAGUUCUUAUCUCUGCCCCGGGAGUUCCAGGUAUGUCCCAUCCUCAUGGUGGCCUCUCGUGGGCUGGGAUUAUUGGGGCUUCUGCUCUCCGGCUUUGGGUCCGAAUGCUGCCAGUUUCCCAGGAUCAGGUGGGGAUUUAAGAGGCGGCUUUGCAUCCUAGGAAGGACUGUGGAGGCAAAGGUUUCAGCCAUCACUCUCUUUCCAGUCUCUCGGGUGGCCCAUGCCACAAUCCAAGACUUCUCUGAUGACAGCAUCCCUGAGAUUGUACCUCAGAAGGAUUUUGAAGAUGCCCUCUACCUGGGCCGGGCUGCUGGUAUUUUCCUGGCCCUUGGUGGGUUACUACUCGUCUGCUUGGCCUUCCUGGGAAAAGAUGUGCCCUCUCUCCAGGUGGCUGGUCCUACAGCCCAAUACUGUGCUCCAGCAGGGGAGUUUGACGGCCCCUUCUAUCUGAUACCAAGAUCUAGGGACCUGUUCAUUUAG